CCCUAUAUAUACACCCUCUGCCCAUAACUCCCUCCUAAUUCUACUCCACUGAGAGUCAGAAAAAACCCAAUUCAAAACCCCCCAAAGAUUUUCAGAGAACCCCAGAAAAAAGAUAGAAAGAUAUCAGAGAUGUUUGGAAUCAACGGUGAUGAGUCCAAUUCUGCUAUGCUUGAAUCGAUAAGGAGACAUCUGUUGGAUGAAUCAGAAUUAUCCGCCAAUCUUCAGGUGAAUUGCCCCGCGAGGAAUCCCAGUGAGGGUCCCGUUUAUUGUCGGAGCUCCAGCUUCAGUAGCCUCUUCCCUUGCUUGACGGAGAACUGGGGCGAUCUACCUCUGAAGGAGGAUGAUUCUGAGGACAUGGUGGUUUACGGGAUGCUCCGUGACGCCGUUAGCGUUGGAUGGGUUCCGUCACUCGGGCAGCAGGGGAUGACGGUGACACCACAAACGCAACCGAGCGCGACGUCCACGUUUAGUUUAACGGAGAAGCCCGUUAAAUUGGAACCUCAGGAAUCGUUGCCGGAGCCGCCGAUGGCUACUGCAGCUCCAGCGAUUUCGGCUACAUCGGUGGUGCGGCAGGAGAAAUCGAUACCCGCAUCACCGGCUCCCGCGAAGGGGAAGCACUACAGAGGUGUGAGGCAAAGACCGUGGGGGAAAUUCGCGGCGGAGAUCAGAGAUCCGGCGAAGAACGGAGCCAGAGUCUGGCUGGGGACAUUCGAGACGGCCGAGGACGCAGCGAUGGCUUACGACCGAGCUGCUUACCGGAUGCGCGGCUCGCGAGCUCUACUCAAUUUCCCACUCCGAAUCGGCUCGAAUGACCCAGAGCCAGUUCGAGUGACCGCCAAGCGGGCGUCCCCUGAGCCUUCUUCUUCAUCCUCCUCCUCUCCCUCUCCUUCUUACUCGUCGUCGAGUUUAUCGGAUAAUGGAUCACCCAAACGGAGGAGAAGAGGAGUGGUCCCUUCGGCUCCGGCAGCGGCCGAGACCAGAUUGGAAACGACGAGCCUAUCAGAAGUCUUUCAAGUGGGAACCCCAUUGCUACGUGGCGAGCAGCUAUUAGUCAGCUAGUGUAGAGCUAUAAAAAAAUAUGAAAAAUCUUUCCACAGUGGGAAAACGAGUUUAUCCUUUUCCGCAUUUUUAUUUCAAGCCAAGGGACUCGGCGCUGAGAAGAGAGAGACAGAGAGAUAGACAACUGUGUGAAAUGUGAAUGGAGUGUUUGGAUUUGUGAAUAUAAGUAUAUAAAAAGGAGAUUUGUUAUUA